CUGCGCUGCGAGACCCUCUCGGUGCCGCGGCGGAUCAGCGCCCUGCAGCUCUGGGAGGAGAUCGUCAAGGUCCACCCCAGGCUUGCUGUCAUCCGGGAUCAAGUGGUUUUUGCUGUUCGGCAGGAGUACGUGCUUCUUGGAGAUCAGCUCCUGGUCCUGCAGCCCGGAGACGAGAUUGCCAUCAUCCCACCCAUUAGUGGAGGCUGA